AACGCAUAUUCCUCAAAACACAACCUCAUAUUCUCCACCCCAAAAGCAUCUCCUACACCCACUUCUACACUAAUCUUUUUCUCUAACCCUAAAUCCACCACACAUCACCAUCUUCUUUAAAAUCACAAAACAAAAACACGUUAUUACCCUGCAACUAACCGUACCAGAUCACCACGUGCAGCUUUAAACACAAACACUUCGUAAUACGUCACCGUUUUGAAUACGCGAAUCACAAAAACGACGUCGUGCAAAGUGCAAUACGCAGAGAGAAAACAAAGUGAAAAUUGAAAAAGAGUAGAGAGAGAGAGAGAGAAUGUUGUAUUUUCUUCUAUUGACAGUGAAAAGAUUCAAUUUGCUUAAACGAAAGUGGUGUUAAAGGGAAAAAGAGAAGAAAAAAAGAGGGGGUAAAAUCGGAAAUUUGAGAUGCAAACGGAGGCUAGGGUUGGUGUUGCGGUGGACGGUGGUGUAAGGAAGUUAGUUCAACAACAACCGCCGCCGCAACAGAUUGGGACUAUUUCUCAGCUUCUCGCCGGAGGUGUUGCCGGAGCUUUGAGUAAAACAUGUACAGCGCCACUUGCGAGAUUAACUAUCCUCUUUCAGAUUCAGGGGAUGCAUUCUAACGUUGCAACUUUGAGAAAAGCAAGUAUAUGGAAUGAGGCUUCGAGAAUAAUCCAUGAAGAGGGGUUUAGGGCUUUUUGGAAAGGGAAUUUGGUUACAAUUGCUCACCGUUUACCUUAUUCUUCUGUUAAUUUUUAUUCAUAUGAGCAUUACAAGAAGUUGUUGAGGACGGUUCCGCAAUUGCAAAGGCAUAAGGAUAAUGUCAGUGCAGACCUUUGCAUACAUUUUGUUGGUGGUGGGCUGGCAGGAAUAACUGCUGCUACAUCUACUUAUCCCUUGGAUCUUGUAAGAACGCGGCUCGCUGCACAGACAAACUUUACGUACUAUAGAGGAAUCGGACAUGCUUUACAAACAAUUAUCAAGGAAGAGGGAUUACUUGGGCUUUAUAAGGGACUUGGAACUACUCUCUUGACUGUCGGACCAAAUAUAGCAAUAAGCUUCUCCGUAUAUGAAAGCUUGAGAUCAUUUUGGAUGUCAAACAGAUCCAAUGAUUCAACUGUUGUUGUUAGUCUGGCUUGUGGCAGUCUUUCAGGCAUUGCAUCAUCAACAGCAACAUUUCCCUUGGAUCUUGUGAGACGGAGGAAGCAACUUGAGGGGGCCGGUGGGCGAGCCCGUGUGUACAAUACAGGUCUCUUUGGUACAUUCAAGCACAUAUUCCGGACGGAAGGUAUGCGUGGCCUUUACAGAGGAAUUUUGCCUGAAUACUAUAAGGUGGUGCCGGGUGUAGGCAUUUGUUUUAUGACUUAUGAGACACUGAAGAUGGUUUUAGGCGAGAUAACUACUGUAUGAAUACACCCAUCAACUUUGGAGUCUGAUCUGCAAGAAGUAAAAUGUACGAAGUUACUUAUUCAUGAUUAUUCAUGCAAAAGGGUUGGACCGUUAGAGCUACAUUUAUCAAUUGAAGUUCAUUUCAUUUCAUAGAUUCUCACGGUUGGAAGCAAUUCUGUAGUACUACUGUGGGGAUCGCAUUUUUGCCUGUACAGAAACAUGCACAACAUUAAUAUUAGGCUGUUACAUACGGGUCUUGACUCUUGAGAGCUUGAUCUUUUGCACUUUGUCAAACAAAAUAGGGAAGCUUAAUGAACUAUAUAGCAAGGCUGCAACUCAAUGCCUAAAGGAGACGUCUUUUCCCACAUCCAUUUGAAGGUAUCCAGUCGCGUUGCAGUGUUGUGCAGCAUCGUAUCUUUUGAGAAGUCGCCCAUUUAUCCGAUAGUAAUGAUAGUUACAUGAACACUUGUGGUUUUCUUUAUUUUUGUCAUUUUAGAAUAUUAAUUAAUUGUAGCCCAUUGUUUUACGUUUGGCCCCUAGUAUAAAUGAUAAAUUCAUUAUCAAUGACUCUGGAUUUGUUAUAGGGUCAUUCUGAACAUUAUUUAAAAAAAAAAGUUGUUAAACUCUAGGGAAUAUUUUCUGACAAAAUUCUUCAAAUAGGUCAUGUUAUUAUAGAAUGUUACUUUCUGUUGUAAUCAUUAAAAAAAAGAAUUCUUAAAGCCCAUUUGCUAUUAUGAUGAAAAAAUUCAGGUGAGGAAGGGAUGCUUUGCUUUUGAA